AUUUGAGGUUUGUCGCAUUGAAUUGAUGCGUUUCUUUGUUGACUAGUGAGUGGUGUGACGUGACCACUGAAACUGUUUUGUUGAGGCCCUAUAUAUAUAGUGAACCUAGUUAAGUUUAUAGCUCGAUAAAUCUGGGCAUUAUCAGGAACCCAGGGGACUGAUCUAAAAUCAGCUCAGAAAAGAAAAGAUUUCUAAAAUGUCUAGUAUAUCAAGUUCGGCUGUAGGUACCUGGGACUCAAUACAGAAUAUACCAAAGAGAUUGUAUACAGUGCUGUUGAUGAAAUCAUUUCUAACAACUCUUUAUUCUACACUCAGAAUAUAUUUGAUCGGAGACCUUCCUGAUGCCAGCGGAGUAAAUAUCGCAAGCCAGGCUAUGUGGCUGAAUUUGCUCUUUGAGAUUUUACAGGAAGGGCUAAUUCGACCUUUGUACAAUAGUAUAGGAUCUACAGUUAAUGAUUUAGACGAAACUUUGAAUAAACUCAAAACUGGAUUUUUGCUUGUUGCAGGCGUAUUUUCAGUAUUCAGCAUACCACUGUGGAUCUUUACUAGACAAAUAAUUGAGUUGAUGUCUGCUAAUGCCGUGUCUGUAGACUUUAUCAGGUUAGAAUUGAUCUCCAAUAUUCUGAUCAGCUUAAAUAUGUUCUUGGAGAUUAUUCUACAAUUGAAGUUCUCCAACAAGAUCCUGCUGCUAGGGUUGUUUACAAGAUUGAUUUUCACAAUAAUCUUCGAUAUAUUCUUCCUCAGCCAGUUUUCGGUAUCUCUGAAGUUAGGGGUGAAUGGUGUAGCCUACUCCAAUAUAGGUGAAUAUACUACUAAACACAUCCAGGAAGUUACAACAAAAAUGUGUGAAAUGAAAAUGAUAUCUAUAAACACAAAACACUUUUCUCAAAAUCAAAGUUUCUCAUCACUAUAUCUUUGCAACUUAAUAGUGUGA